AUGUCUCGAGAUCACCAACAGAAGCGUGAUGCGCCAUGGGCUCAUGGCUGGCGAUCGUCUGAUACUUUCAUCAUUAGUACGAUGAGUCUUGCGUUGUUUACUGAUGAACUACUUUUCGCCUUCAUGCUCCCUUUGCUGCCUACUGUGCUAGAGCAGCGAAUCGGCUUAGACCCUUCUCUUACUCAGAGAUACACGUCUAUCUUUCUUACUGAAGGAGCCAUCGUGUCUGUGGUGGCGAGUCCAUUUAUCGGGUCAAUCGCCGACGCGGUCUCUAGCAAAAAGACUCUGUUACUGACCGUCCUUGUACUGGCUUUGAUCAGUCUCGCCUGCUUGUCUUUAACAACACACCUGAUAUGGCUAUUCGUUGGCCGCUUCUUUCAAUGCAUCGUCAGCCAGGCCUUGUGGAUUGUGGGAAUGGCAACCAUGGCCGAGAAUCUUGGGUCAGAGCAUAUGGCCAAAAUUGCCGGUCUGAGCUCCAUACUCACAGCGGCGGGCACCACCGCCGGCCCUCUUCUCUCAGGACUACUAUUCGGAGCAGGUGGGUACUGGUGUGCCUGGGCGGGCGCAGGUGCCUUUCUCUUGGUGGACAUUGUCAUGCGUCUCCUCAUGCUAGAAAAGCCGGCCAAAUCUUCCGGAGUCCAGGAUGGGGAACGAGAGCCCCUUGUGAAAAACAAUCAGCCUGGUGCCAACGGUGAACAGCCCGAUCAUCCACCUUGUGUAGAGGUGCGAGGAUGGAGGUUCCACGUUUGCCUUUUCCAGGAUGCGCGGUUCUCUGCGGGGAUUUAUUGCUCUUUUGCUUACGCUUUAUUGAUUGGCUGUUUGGAAAGUACCAUGGCCGUCCACGUGCGAAGCGCGUUUGGAUGGAGUGCUGUUCAAGUUGGUCUAUUAUUAGGACUGAUCCAAGGGCCCGGAAUCUUGCUGGCAGCCCCGGUAGGUUGGAUGAAGGACCGAGUGGGAUCACGGAUUCCGACAACCGUGGGAUUUCUCGUGUCAGUACCUUUCAUCAUACUCUUGGGAGCUCCUGGCGACGAUCGAUUUUCAUUUGCGGCGGAAGCUCGGGGGAAGACCAUCUUUGUAGGAUGCAUGGCAGCGAUCGGAUGCCUGUUAUGUCUUCUGAACGGGAUCGGUUCUAUUGAGGCUACUGAAACAAUCGACGAGCUUGAAGCGCGUGAGCCUGGUAAAUUUGGUUCUAACGGAGGCUAUUCUCGUGCUCUAGCCUUGACUAGUAUGACAUGGAUGGCUGGGCUAAUGUGUGGUCCCCUUUUGGCGGGAUUUGUGAUGGAAACAUUCGGAUACUUCGAGUUGCAAUGUUGUCUCGGGGUUGUAUCUUUUACAGCAGGCCUCGUUGCUCUGCUUUUCUUGAACUCUCGCUCGCAUGCCGUAAAGCAGCAGCAAGAUGAGUGA